AUGGCACCACUGUCGGCCGAAAACAAACGAAAGGCGCCGGAGGAUACUUUGACUUCCGUGAGAACCAAGAAGGCGCGAACAGUAACGCCGGAGCAGAAUGGAUUCAAGCCGAAACGCGAGGAGGGUGACUCUCCGCCCCUCCCCUCUCCCAACAUCGUCACAUUCCCCGAGAAGCCGGCCGUCAUAGAGGAAAAGAAUGGGAUCAUCGAGUUCCGCGUGGUGAACAACGACAAUUCCCGAGAAAGCAACAUCAUCCUCACAGGCCUGAAAUGUAUCUUCCAAAAACAGCUCCCCAAAAUGCCCAAAGACUACAUUGCGCGCCUUGUCUACGACAAGACCCAUCUCUCCAUCGCCAUCGUCAAACACCCACUCGAAGUUGUAGGUGGGAUCACCUACCGUCCCUUCCAUGGCCGCAAGUUCGCCGAAAUAGUCUUCUGCGCCAUCUCCUCCGACCAGCAGGUAAAAGGCUACGGCGCACACCUUAUGGCGCACCUGAAGGACUACGUCAAAGCCACCUCGGACGUGAUGCACUUCCUCACCUACGCCGACAACUACGCGAUUGGCUACUUCAAAAAGCAAGGCUUCACCAAAGAGAUCACGCUCGAAAAGUCCAUCUGGAUGGGCUACAUCAAAGACUACGAAGGCGGCACCAUAAUGCAAUGCACCAUGUUACCCAAGAUUCGCUACCUUGAGACGUCGCGCAUGCUCCAAAAGCAGAAAGAAUGCGUCAUGGCCAAGAUCCGCGCCGUGUCCAAAUCGCACGUCGUCCACCAACCACCGCCUCAGUGGAGAAACAGCACCGGUCCGAUAACUCCGAUCGAUCCCCUAUCCAUCCCCGCCAUCAAAUUGUCCGGCUGGUCGCCGAGCAUGGACGAGCUAUCGCGCCAACCGCGCCACGGGCCAAAUUACAACCAGCUCCUCCACCUGCUCAACGACAUGCAGAACCACACCGCCGCCUGGCCGUUCGCGCAACCAGUCAACCGCGACGAAGUCCCCGACUACUACGAAGUCAUCCAGCAGCCCAUGGACCUAUCCACCAUGGAAGAGCGGCUGAGCAAUGAUCUCUACCCGACCCCCGCCGAGUUCAUCCGAGAUGCCAAGCUGAUCUUUGAUAACUGUCGGAGCUACAACACCGACACGACCCCAUAUGCGAAGAGCGCGAAUAAACUGGAGAGGUUCAUGUGGGGACAGAUCAAGGCGAUUCCCGAGUGGUCGGUAUGUGGUGUUCGGUCUCUUUCCCCAUUGUUUCCCCCUACCCAAACUCACGCGGCGGUUGUGGGCAUACUUUCGUGGAUCAAGAUUCGGUGUUCUGGCUAA